AUGUCUGCUCCAAAUUCUCAGUGGUUCUUUCCUCUGUCAGCUCUCCAGGCCACACCUUCUGCAUGCUCUCUGGAAAGGGAACUCUAUGACAGGGCAAGAGGCGUUGAGUUUCUGUUCCGGCUAGGUUCCUCGCUGCAGCUGCCAACAUCAGCUAUGUGCACUGCGGCCACAUGGCUCCACCGCUUCUACAUGCGAUAUCCCCUCGAAGAGUUUCACCGUCAAGAAGUCGCAGCGGCAUGUAUAUUCCUAGCCACAAAAACGGAGGAGUGCGGUAGGAAACUGGUCGACGUGGCCAAAGUCUAUCAAGCGAAGGUCCAAAACAUUCAGGAUAUUAACAAAAUACCUUCAGAUAGUCCGGAAGUCGAGGACUGCCAAAAGGCGAUCCUAUUCACCGAGGAGGUUCUGUUGGAAGCUUUAUGUUUCGACUUUGUGGUCGAGAAUCCACAUUCUGAACUUGUCGAUUUGUUCGAUUCCUGCGAGAGUGAUCCUCUGGUCCAGGAGUACGCAUGGAGCCUGGCUCAUGAUUCCUUUCGAACGCCCGUUUGUCUGCUAUAUCCUCCGAGGAUAAUCGCGACGGCGUGUCUCGUUCUAGCUCAACGAUUGUUUGACGGACCGAACUCCCCUUCAUUGGACGCUAGGAUAUCGGCGACAUCACCCGCAGCGCAUUUGCCAACACCACCCUCCCAUAAACCUCCGUCUCCCGAUGCCACACGCGUUGUGGUGGAGCGAUAUGGCUUCAGUGACUCUGAGCUCUCCUCAAUCGCAGAUGUUCUGAGCAUCAUGCUCGAAUUUUACUCCGCCCAAGACGCUGAAUCGUAUCCUUAUCUUUCUCGCAUCGCCUCAGUGACCCCUCCGACUACAUCGACCGCUCGUCCCAGACUCUUCGUACCCGCAGCCCAGAUAACUGCGACAGUCUCAUCGACUCAAAUCAAUACCCAGCAGGUCCCGGAAGAAAACCUCGGAAGGACCCCUCGUUCCCUUCACGGAGAUCCAAGUCCCGAGCCAAGCAGCGCGAAUUCUCCAGCCAACCAGAAUGGUAUGAUACCCUAG